CGGAUAGCGUUUUUACAAGGGGAAAGAAAGGGCCAAGAAAAUUUGAAGAAAGAUUUAGUGAGAAGAAUAAAAAUGUUAGAAUAUGCAUUAAAACAAGAAAGGGCAAAAUACCAUAAAUUAAAGUACGGCACAGAAUUGAACCAAGGUGACUUGAAAAUGCCAACUUUUGAAUCAGAAGAUACCAAAGAUACAGAGGUUCCUGCAGUACCUCAGAAUAGCCAAUUGACCUGGAAGCAAGGCAGACAGUUACUACGACAGUAUCUUCAGGAAGUAGGUUAUACAGAUACAAUAUUGGAUGUUCGCUCCCAGCGGGUAAGGUCAUUGCUUGGGCUCUCCAAUUCUGAGCCAAAUGGUUCAGUAGAGACAAAGAACUUGGAACAGAUCUUGAAUGGGGGUGAAUCACCUUCGUCAAAACAAAAGGGACAGGAAAUCAAAAGGAAUUCUGGUGAUGUUCUUGAAACAUUUAACUUCCUAGAAAAUGCUGAUGAUAGUGAUGAAGAGGAGGAGAACGACAUGAUAGAAGAUAUUGCAGAAGGAAAAGAAAAGCAUCGGAUAAAUAAGAAACACAAAAUUGGUAAUGAAGGUUUAGCUGCUGACCUUACAGAUGAUCCUGAUACUGAAGAAGCUUUGAAAGAAUUUGACUUUUUAGUGACAGCUGAAGAUGGUGAGGGAGCUGGAGAAGCUCGAAGUUCAGGAGAUGGAACAGAGUGGGACAAAGAUGACCUGUCCCCAACUGCUGAGGUUUGGGAUGUAGACCAGGGACUAAUAAGUAAACUGAAGGAACAGUACAAGAAGGAACGAAAGGGGAAGAAAGGGGUAAAGAGAGUCAACAGGACAAAACUUCACGACAUGAUAGCUGAUCUGGGCGAUGAUGAGAUACCCCACAUCCCUUCAGGAAUCAUUAAUCAAUCUAGGUCACCCUCUUCUAGAAUGACUGAUCAUGAAGGUGCAAGAGCAGAGGAAGCUGAGCCAAUAACAUUUCCACCUGGAGGAGGCAAGUCAUUUAUUAUGGGUUCUGAUGAUGUGUUGUUAAGUGUACUGGGCCUUGGAGACCUUGCAGACUUGACAGUAACAAAUGAUGCAGACUAUAGUUAUGAU